UGGCGGCCUCCCCAGCCAUUGUCGGUGGCGGCGCGCGCUGGCCGGAGAGGGGCUCCCACCCACGGCUGCGGGCAAGGUGGCUCCGGUGGGGCAGGAGGAGGGAAUGAGUGAGGAGGAGGAGGCCUGUGGGACCAGGAAGAGUGGCGGGUUCCCCAGUAUAGAGCAAAUGCUUGCCUCCAAUCCUGGAAAGACCCCGAUCAGCCUUCUCCAGGAGUAUGGGACAAGAAUAGGCAAGACGCCCGUGUAUGAUCUACUCAAAGCCGAGGGACAAGCGCAUCAGCCCAACUUCACCUUCCGAGUGACUGUCGGGGACAUCAGCUGCACUGGUCAAGGCCCAAGCAAGAAGGCAGCCAAGCACAAGGCAGCAGAGGUGGCCCUAAAGCUCCUGAAAGGGGGAAAUAUGCUGGAGCCAGCAGCAUCGGAGGAAUCCAGCUCUCCUUUCUCCCUAGAGCCCCUUUCUCAGCUCAGCACUGCGGCGGCCCCCGCAGCACCCAUCUUGCCUGCCGCCUCUCCCAGAAGCUCACAGAUGGAGGUGAAGUCGCCCGUCUCGCCCCAGCAGUCGGAGUGUAACCCCGUGGGGGCGCUGCAGGAGCUGGUGGUUCAGAAGGGCUGGAGGCUGCCGGAAUACACCGUCACCCAGGAGUCGGGGCCUGCCCACCGCAAGGAAUUCACCAUGACCUGCCGGGUCGAGAGGUUCAUCGAAAUAGGGAGCGGCACCUCCAAGAAGCUGGCCAAGCGUAACGCGGCGGCCAAGAUGUUGGUGCGAAUCCACAAUGUGCCCAUGGACCAGCGGGAGGGCAGCGAGGCCGAGGUGGAGGAGGACCAGUUCUCCAUUACCGUGGGGAACAAGCUGGACAGCCUGAAGGGCCGGCUCUCGGCCUGCACCUGGGACUCGCUGCGCAACUCGGCCGGUGAGAAGAUCCUGCAUCUCAAGAGCCACCCGCUGGGGGCGCUCAACGCCGGCUUCUGCAGCCUCCUGCAGGAGCUCUCCGAGGAGCAGAGCUUCGACAUCAGCUACCUGGACAUCGACGAGAUGAGCCUGAGCGGCCUGUACCAGUGCCUGGUGGAGCUGUCCACGCAGCCGACCACGGUGUGCCACGGCUCUGCCGCCUCCCGCGCCGCCGCCCGCUCCGCCGCCGCCCGCAACGCCCUGCAGUACCUCAAGAUCAUGGCGGGAGGCAAAUGAGGAGGCACCUGGGCCCAGCAGAGCCCCUGGGGCGUGGACACUCAGCCAGGUGGGUGCCCGGAGCCAGGCCGGCACACGCCUCCCCAGGCCGGGGCUGGGGCAGACACAGGUUGGACCCACACGCAGCCCCGCGGCCAGGGCGGGGCGUCCUGCUGCCCCCGACUCGCGAGGGGCAGGACCUGGAGCCCCCAGGAGAGAUGCCAGCCCUGCCCCUGCAGCCUCCACCAGGCCUGAGUGGGGUCUGGGCGCAGGGACGAUCUGGGCUCGCAGGGGCGGGGCUCACUCGCUCCGACACCCCCACCGCAUGUGGGGGCACUGAGGGCCAGGUCAGCAGCCCCCUCUAGCAGGAGAUGGUUCCUGAUCCAAGCGCUGCCCGCUCCAGGGUGCCCUGGGCUCAUCCACUGAGUCCUCCUUCCCCAGCCGAGCCCAGUGCUCUCCUCCACUGCACUGUUGGGGGGUAAUGCUGCCCCACGGCUCUUCUGAGCUGUCCCCCAGCUGCCGUCCUGCUCCAGCCACAAAGAGCAAAAGUUCUUAUUGGCCAUAGGGAGGGUCAGCACCCCCCACCUUCCAACCCCCGUCCCCACAUCCCCAGACUCGUCAGCAGCCUCUGACUGUGCCCCCUGACCCAGGUGGGGCUGCACCCCCCCCCCCCAUACCCUUGUUGUCAGCAGCUGAAGCACCAUCCUAGGAACCGGGUCCCGAGUAGAUUUGGAGCAUGGAGCUGCCCUGUGCCCCCGGGAGCUGCCCCCCUAGGGGUCUGUGCUGGAGCCGCCCCCAUGGGACUGGAGCGGGGGCACGGCGAGGGUAGGGCAGAUUUUUAUUGUUAUUUAAAGGCAAGACACAACGUUUUUUAAGCCCAAAUUCAGGUGCAGCCAGCCCCUGCCGCGGGCACAAGGACCUUUCUGCAGGAUCAAAUCCCCUCUGGGAGGGGCAGCUGCCCUCGCGUCUCCUGUCCCAAUCAGCGUCUGGAGCCCGUGGGGGGACUGUCCCAGAACCCGCACUGGGGGAGAUGGGAAAUAAACUGGACGGAGGGGUUUUCUCCACAA